UCUCACACUUGUCACGCACCCCUUCUCUGCUAAUCCCCCUCAAGAAGCCUGCCUCUCCGGCCUCUCCUCUUUUCGCUUUUCCUCUUCUCUUAGCAAACACAGAGCAACAACAAACAACAGCGACUUCAUUAGUGCCUUGAAAGAGCAGAGUUUCAGGUGAGAAGAAAUGGCGAGCUCGGAUGAAUCUUUUCCCGAAGCUGCUGUUCGCGAAGAAUUGAAUCCCGGCGACAACAAGGACUUCAAAGUCGAUCCUGUUUCAUCUGAAAUUUCCACAUCAAUGGAGAUCAAGGAGCAAACUGAAGCUGCAGAAAUUAAAAAAGCAAAGGAAAAGAAGGAUGCAAUGCAAACACUAAAAAGAACCAUUUUAAUUUCGGCAGUGGUUGUGGCUGUAGCAGGGGCAGCCUUCGCCAUAACCAAGAAAUUGAGAGAGAAGUGAUUGAAUCUUAACACCUCCCAUUUUUUCCUUUCUACUUCUUUUUUUUUUUUAAUUUCUUAUUUUAUUACUUAUUAUAAUUUUGUUUUUGUU